CCGGCCCCUGCAGGCUCCGCCCUUGCUCCUGAAUAUUUAAAGAAGAAUGUGCAGCUGGCGGUGUACUUAGGGAAAUAGAGAUCGUCCGAUAAGGGGAUGCUCUAACGGAGAAAACAUGCACAGUAACUCACAGGCGUAGGUCCGGAGACAAAAGCUUCGAAUCCUGAAAUUCCACUUCAAGGGACGGUUUUGCUCGCUUUCUCUGCGGAUGUUGUUUGUCCCUCGCGAGGCGCCGUUGGGUCGCCCAGGAGGCGUGACAAGGGGCGGGAAGUGGGUCCGGAGCGGAGCCGCACAGCCUGGGCGGCCGCUGUCAUGGACGCCUGGGUCCGCUUCAGUGCUCAGAGUCAGGCCCGGGAGCGGCUGUGUAGGGCUGCUCAGUAUGCUUGCUCUCUUCUUGGCCAUGCCCUGCAAAGACAUGGGGCCAGCCCCGAGUUACAAAAACAGAUUCGACAACUGGAAGGUCAUCUGAGCCUUGGAAGAAAGCUUCUACGCCUGGGUAACUCAGCAGAUGCCCUUGAGUCAGCCAAAAGAGCUGUGCACCUCUCAGAUGUUGUCUUGAGAUUCUGCAUCACUGUUAGUCACCUCAAUCGAGCCUUGUACUUCGCCUGUGACAAUGUCCUGUGGGCUGGAAAGUCUGGACUGGCUCCCCGUGUGGAUCAGGAGAAGUGGGCCCAGCGUUCGUUCAGAUACUAUCUGUUCUCCCUCAUCAUGAAUUUGAGCCGUGAUGCUUAUGAGAUUCGCCUACUGAUGGAACAAGAGUCUUCAGCUUGUAGCCGACGACUAAAGGGUUCUGGAGGAGGAAUCCCAGGAGGAAUUGAAACUGGGGGACUUGGGGGACCAGGGACACCAGGAGGAGGUCUGCCCCAACUGGCUCUGAAGCUUCGGCUCCAAGUCCUGCUCCUGGCUCGAGUCCUUCGAGGUCAUCCUCCACUUCUGCUAGAUGUGGUCAGAAAUGCCUGUGAUCUCUUCAUUCCACUUGACAAACUGGGCCUCUGGCGCUGUGGCCCUGGGAUUGUGGGGCUUUGUGGCCUCGUGUCCUCCAUCCUGUCUAUUCUCACCCUAAUCUGCCCCUGGCUACGACUGAAGCCGUGACAUUCUGGUACAGGAAAAGGAAGGGACCUGAAUUGGGGAGAUGGAAUCUUGGAUCGUCCCCCAUGUGCCAGCUUCAUUCUAAUUCUACUCCUUGGUUAAAGCUAAAAUUCAGAGAUUUAGGGAUGGAGGAAGGAGCUUUGGGAAAGAUGAGGUGAGGAUAGGUGACUCGUGAAGUCAAUAAGAUGAUUCUAAUAUCCAGAUAUGCCAGAGCUUUUGUUCUUUUACUUUUUCAUUGUCUGUGACUCUCUUGUCUUUUUACUUUGUGUCUCUUAAGUCUAUGUAAGAGUCUGUGUCUAUGCAGCUCUUCUUUUUACCUUCUAAGUCCCCUAUCCAGGAAUUUAAUCAGCAGAAUUACUUUUUGGUGGGGGAGGUAUAAGGUUUUUGUCUGUAACAUUCUAACUGCCUUCUUUUUUCUCACAGAGGUGGCUUAUGGUAGAUUUCUUCUUGUUCAAACUCCAAAUCAUAAUUUUUAGACUUUAUGUCCCAGUGGACUCUUCCCUCAUAUCUCUGCACCACAGGUUGUUUGAUGCUUCCUCUUCCUCCCUCUUGUCCACCUCACCAAGCUCCCUCAUGAUUUAGCCCUUACCCUUCCCUAUACUCAUACCUUCAGAUUUCUGCUUAUACAUUGACUUCAGAGCUUUGUUCUCUAGCCUGUUCUUACCCCUUCUUUGCCUACUCAGAAUGAUGCUGCGUCUAGCAUCUUGCUGUAAAUACUGUACAAUGAUUCUAUGUAAAUAGCUGUGGCUCAUGCCAACAAUGGAGAGCAAGCCUUCCAGGUCAGCAAAUUAAAGAUCAGUUUGCUCAUUGA